GUAGUUAUGUCUUGUCCGUCUGCUUAAAAUUUACAAUAUAAAUAUUUAUAAAAAUGCUACUUGUGCUUCUUUAAGAUACUUGCUUACUAUACUAAGCAUAAUUUAUUUUGAAUCAUUUGUUAGUACUAAAAAUGAGUGACAAUAUCAAAGUAGUUGUCAAAGUAAGGCCCCUUAUUUCUCGAGAAUUAGAGGAUAAGCUUUUUCACCAAUGGCGCGUAAAAAAUAAUACCCUGUACCAAAUCGAUCAGAAUGGGAGGGAUUGUGGAUAUUCCUUUACAUUUGACAAGGUCUAUGAUCAGAACACUGAAACAACUGAUGUUUAUAAUGAUAUCGCCAAGCCAAUUGUUGAGGCUGCAACGGCUGGCUUCAACGGAACGAUCUUUGCAUAUGGACAAACCUCCUCAGGCAAAACCUAUACCAUGACAGGAACCAAAGAAUCACCUGGCAUCAUUCCUUUGGCUGUGAUUAAUUUAUUUGAUAUUAUUAAAAACAUACCUGACAGGGACUUUUUAGUAAGCAUAUCAUACGUUGAAAUUUAUAAUGAAACAUUGAUAGACCUAUUGAAUACAGAAAGGAAGAAUAUAAAAAUUCAUGAUACAUUGCAAGGUGUGAAAGUAGAUGCUACAGUGAAAGUGACAACAUCACCUGAAGAAGUCCUACAGUUCAUGCAGGAGGGUCAAGCUAACCGGCAGACAGGUUCGACAAAUAUGAAUGAAGAGAGUAGCAGAUCUCAUUCUAUUUUUCAAAUAAAAAUAGAAUCUCGGGAACACAUAGAAGGCGAGGAAGUGGGAUGCCUUAAUGUUUCACAUUUGAAUCUCGUGGAUUUGGCUGGCUCAGAACGGUCAGGACAAACAGGAGCAACGGGUAUCAGGUUCAAAGAAGGAACCCACAUCAACAAGUCUCUAUCAUCACUCGCACUCGUAAUAAUGCAGUUAUCUGAAGGGCAAAACAAGCAUGUAAAUUAUCGGGACAGUAAGUUGACACGAAUACUACAGAACUCUUUAGGCGGAAAUGCGAAAACUAGCAUAAUAUGCGCUAUUACACCUGCUGCCUUAGAAGAAACUAUCUCUACACUUCAAUUCGCGAAUAGAGCUAAGGCAAUCAGAAACAACCCUGAAGUCAAUGUUGUUGCGACAGAUACUAAAAUGAUUGAAAGCCUAACGAAGCAAUUGUCAUCAUUGAAAACAGAGUUGGAGAAUAAGAAAAAUGUUGAACAAGAUAACCACAAGCUACAGAAACAUAUAUCAGUACUACAACGAUUCCUCAGUGGUUUUGGUCAGCAGACCAGUGUGGAUAUUAUGAACGGCAAUCGACGGAAGAACCAACAAAUGCGACGGGCUACUAUAUCCACACCGCAUCUGAUUCAGGACGAACCCAUGCCAAAUGCACCAAGAUUUUGUACUCCUAGCCUCAAAUACAAGUAAGUUGUUAAUAAAGUAGUUGUGCUGAUCAAUGAUGACGUUCAUGAAAAAGCUGUUCUACAAGACAAUUCUAUGAUGAACUAUCUAUAUUUAGAAUUCAAAUUACACGGCCUUUAAAUGUUUCUGAUCUUAAGGCACAGAACUGCUUUUGUCGGUCCAAGGUUUAGCAGUGAUUAUGGAAUGUAAUGGCUGAUUUUUUUUACAAGAAUUUCACUCAGCUCACCCCGAGCACGCAGGCCACUUCUGUCCUCUAUUAAGUAUUAAAAUGCAGCUAUGUUGUAUCCCGGGGAAGGGGGGGGGGGCUAAAUUCAAAAUCAUUGUUAGCAGUAAAAAGGGUCUCCAGUUUUCUACACUCACCAUAAUGGGAUACAUGGCGGCAUAAUGCUGAGCUUAUAUUCCAUAAUAGCGCCGAGCGGUAUUACAGAAACACAAUUGACGACUCGGUGGUGCAGUGACUAACGUUAUUUUGCGGAUCUGCAUUAAAAAAAUGUUCUUAAUGUUUGUCCAUUUGGAAUUUAUGGAUGAAAAACAAACAGCACACACCACAAUACAGGAGAAAAUCCUAAUCUAGAGGUAACAAAGGUAAAGGUCUUUAAAUAAUAUUUUAAUAGUUAGCACUCAUUUCAAUAUACACUGCUUCAUAAUAAAUUUAAGUAACCUGCCUACAAGGACUAUAAACUAUGUCAUAAAGAUAUUGAUCAUAUUCAACACUAAUCAAAAAUCUUAUCGCGUUCCAAGUAUUUUACAACGAAUACGUCUCACGAAUACGUGAGAAACACUCACAUAAACUAUUUAUGACACAAUCUGUCGUACUAAUGUUUGUCUCCGUUUCGUAUUAAGACACAUAGUGCAAUCAUUAGCGAUAUUGAUAUUUUUACCGCCUCACAUUUGUGCUUCAAAAAAUAUAUUAAGAAUAAUUUACAAGUAUUACAUAUGUAAUUCAUGCAAGAUUAUUUUAUAUAUUUUAUUCUUUUUAUUUUUAUUUUAAAAAAACGUUACGUUUAGGAUUUUCCCCUGUGUCGUGAGGGCAGUUUACAAACAUAAAUUGCACGAGGACUAACAUCCAGACCCGGAACAAUUAUUUGUAGGCCGUACAAAUACUUGUUCCGUGCGGGAUUCGAACCCGCGGCCCCCAGCGCAUCAACUCAUUGCUAAGCCACUACGCCAUGGAGCCGUCGAGUUUAUUAGUUUGUUUUUGAAAUAGUAACUCUUUUUCUCUGCAACUCGUUACUUAUUGGUAUUGAAUAUACAUAUAGGGUAAACAGUACUAAUGUUGGCACUCCUACAUUGAUUGGCACUUUGCUAUUUUAAUCUAAAUAUUAAGAAUGUUUUCCUUUUUCUAUAUCACAGCUACACAGAUAUUGCUAAGAUAUAUAAUUACUUAUACUAACAAUACACAUUUAUAUUUAAAGCAUCAACUAUUUUCUUAUAAGGGCUGUUUUAAAAAUGUGUGCGGACAAAUCCAUUAAAAUUUAACAAAAAGUUAAGGUUAUGUGACUAGAUUUUGAGACAAAAAUGUGAUUUUUAGGUAAGUUUAUAUGCAAGCUUUUGUCUAUUUUAAUCAAUUAACGUCAUUAAAGCAUAUUAAACGUUAUUUUAUCGUUGUGAAAUAGAAGCAUCGGUUUUUUUAAUUGUGCCAAAGACUAUUACUUUACUUUGUUUGACUACAUAAUCAUUGGCAUAUAUUUCAAUCACUAUACUUUCUUUCUUUUGUCCAAAAUCUAUUCUUGACACUGCCAAUGACUAUAUCCUUUGAAUAGUGCCAAUGAUUAUGACUGAACUUUUUCAUAUUUUGAAUUGAUGAAGAAUACUGCUAUUAAGAGAGGGCGUUUUAGAAAAAUAACUGCCGCACUAACAUUUAACAUUCCACGCGCGAAUUUACAGUUCCCACUAAAUAAGUAAAGUAAAAAAAAACUAACAAGCUGAAAAGCGGACCUGGUACUGGCACAGUUUUCGAUGUCCUAAAAAUGUCAAUGAUGUGAGGUUUUUGAAUAAAUACCCCAUACAUACUAAACCGUUUUAUAGAGGGAGAAUAAAACGUCUAUGAGGUGGAUCAUGCCUAAUCGAAAUCUUGCAUCACUGUUCUUUGGAGUAGAUGGUAAAACCUAUUAUUUUCCCCCUAUAGAAAAUGUGAUCAGACGUUCAAAAGUUAGUGCCUAGAGAGAGGUUAUUUACUAUCUUAAAUACGGCGCAACUUUGCCCAAGUCUCGCCAUAAUACUUAUAGCCCUUAACCUGAAUGGGACGCGACUAUUGCCAUCAGCUGAUAUCACUGCAUUUCGGCCCACCACAAAGAUAUGUGGCGUAAACCUGUCUUCGAAUGACGGACAAACAAUUUUACAAAAAGGUUACUAAAAGAGAUGCGGGCCUAUAUUAGCAACACUUUUACCGUAUUGAAAUAAAUCUAUAUUAUGAAAUAGUUUUGAGAUAUGUGGGUUGUGCCCAUUUAGUCCAAACAAAGUGAAUUAAACAAAGUGUCCGGUGCCCUCGAAAUCACAGCAAGCCAUUUUAGAUGAUCACCGUUUCUUGCCAUUACGCCGAAUUACCUAAUAUUUUAAGAAUAACGAUGACUGAAUCAGAAAUACCUUAAUCAAAUUAGCCUUGUAUCCUUUCACUUAUUAAUGGUUUAUCAGUACCAGAGCGUAUACAACCUGCAGAGAUUAUUGUUGAGUAUCAGAAAGAAAACUAACCCUCAUGUUUUUCAUCAACUAGGCAGCAAAUUUAGAAUUUGUUGGAGGUGAAUGGGUGAUUGUGGAUGUCGAAAUAAACUAAAAUCUUUUAGAAAACCCUAAAAAUAUUUAUAGAGUUUUAUCCAUUGCCAAAUACGUAUCAAAAAGCAAAAAGCAGGUAAACAACGCCGUUAUUUUGUGCUAACAAGUGAAGAUUCUGAAGCAGCGGAGCUAAAAAAAUGAUGGAAAAAUGGGGCACAAAGGGAAAAUGCAGAAUUGAAUUAGUCAGCCAAAUAUAGAAACAAACUGACAAACAAAACAAGAAGAACGAAGCCAAAAACUCUGACAUUAUAAUACUCUCUUAAAUGUUUAAUCUAAAAUACCGAAAUAAAGUUCUAUUUCUACAAAAUAUCGAGAAAAUACGAAAGGUUUUAUUAAAAAAGUCACAUC